AUGGCAGGCUCGAUGGAUCUGAAUAUAAGCAUCCUCUGCUGGGAGCAGAGAAGCCAGCGGUUUCAAACAUUAAUGAAUAAAGGACUGGAAACUUCCAUACAGCCUAAUAGGACAGAUUACAUUAUGGAUCCUGCCCUGCUUGAAGCUGCAGUUGAAGCCAAUGCUGACAAGUUCAUUGAUGCUAUGGAACGAAUUUCAGCAGAGAAAAAGGUAUCCCUGCCAACCAUCUUCAAUCAACUAGACCCGUCAGGAAAUUCUUUGCUUCAUAUUGCCACAAGUUCAAGGAAUGAAGAGAUUGCCCAACUCAUUGCGUAUCACUUUCCUUCGCAUAUUUCGAAGAGGAAUAUCAAAGGCGAUACUGCUCUGCACAUUGCUGCUAGAGGUGGAAUGCUUAAUACUAUUGAAAUUCUUGUUUGCCGUGGAAAAGAUUUCCCUGGCACAGAUACUACUUCAGCUUCCUCUUCUUUCACUUCUGAAAAUGAUUUCGCAGAAAGUACAGGUGAUGAUAGAUUAUUAAGGAUAAAAAAUGUGCACGGAAACACUGCUUUGCAUGAGGGUGUGAUGAAUCGCCACCUUGAUGUGGCUCAAUUCCUGAUUUCUGCAGAUGAAGAAGUGUGGUAUUAUCAGAACAAGGAAGGUUGGUCUCCGCUCUAUAUGGCAGUCAAAAUAGGUGAUUUUGACAUUUUUCGAUUACUGUUGAAAGCUCCAUUAAGCCAUUAUGAUUCACACAAGAAGCUUGGAGGAAACCCCCCAGCUCAUGCUACUAUUAUUGAAGACAAAAUAGAUAUGUUAAAGGAGAUGGCUGAGGUGAAUCCUGAACUUGUCCAAUUAAAAGAUGGAAGAGGACGAACUGUGCUUCAUUGGGCGGCACACAGAGGUAACGUUGAUGCAGUUCGGUUCCUCUCAAGCAAAUUUUGUGGUGGCCUGUUUGAAAUGGAUAAUAAGGGGUUCUUUCCUAUUCACAUUGCAAGCGAGGAAGGGCGUGUUGAGGUAAUAAAGGAGUUGCUUGAGCAGUGGCCCCAUCAAAGAGAGUUGUUCAACAGAGAAGGUCAGAAUAUUCUUCAUGUUGCUGCUAAGAGUGGAAAAGAUAACGUGGUGAGAUUCAUUUCGGAAACUCCUACACUGGAGAAGCUUUUGAAUGAGAAAGACAGAAAUGGAAACACUCCUUUACAUUUGGCAGCAAUGAACUCUCAUCCAGCAGUUGUGCUUACUUUAACAUGGCAAAAGAAAAUAAACAUAAAGCUUCUGAACAAUGAAAGCAAACCGGUUUAUGAUGUAAGUCCCAAGCUUACCGGCGGUCGCAGGAGAGUUGAAUACCCACCUGAAGGAUUUUAUCAUCUAAUUCCUUUGCAGUCUUUGACAAAUGGUGCUUUGUUUUCUGCUGGUGCUCGCCCAAAUUUUGAUCUAAAUUUUAACGAGCGAAAUUCCAACAAGAGAUAUUCAAUUAGAGUUGAAGAGAUUAAAGAGUUGGUUGGCAUUGUAUUACUGCUGGAAACGCUUGUGGCCACCGUAACCUUUACUGCUGUAUUCUCCAUCCCUGGUGGAUAUAAUAGCUCUAACAAUCCAGACAAAGGAAUGGCAACUAUUUUAAAUAAGCCUAUGUUUCAAUUCUCUGUGAUGUGCAACGCCACUGCUUUUUAUAGUUCCAUCAUCAGUAUUUUCUCCAUCCUCGUUGGUAUAGUGUUAAUUGAUGUCUAUUUUGCGGUAUAUUUCUAUUUCCUUUCCCUACAUCUAUUAGGCUUAGCUCUUGCGAUGAUGUCCCUGGCAUUCAUGGCUGCAAUACAAGCAGGACUAAGCCAAGUUUCUUGGCUAGCCUCCUAUGCUCUCAUCAUGGGAAUCAUCUCUCUUAUCAUUCCAUUGUCGAUAAUCACAAUAUUUUCAUUAUCAUUUUCAUGCAAUAAGCCGCAUUUUAUGCGAUAUAUCAUCUACUACCUCAGUCGUGCAGCUGUUCCACUAGUAAAAAUUUCCUCACUACAUGGAAGAACAGAAGAAUCUGAGAUCAAAGAUUUGAAAGAACAAGAAGGGUCACAACAAUUGGGAAAAGAUGAACAACAACGGUCUCUGCCUCAAAGAGAAAGUAAGCAAGAAGAAUUGCAACAGUUAAGAGACGAUGGGCAUACAACGAUAUCUUCAGAAAAUGGAGAGCAAGAAAGAGUAGUUGCUUAA